UUUCACUUGCCUACUGAUGCAGCCCUGCAGUUUCUUUAGAAAAGAACAACUUUGUUCAUUAGCCUGAUCUGUGACCAAUGUGAGUUAUUUCAUCACCCACCAAAGAUAAGAUCUAUUACUCAGACAAUUAGUUAGAGAUGAAAUUUAAUAUGGUUAUGUACAAACAUUAUGAUAAAUCAUUUCCUCUUCAGACUAUAAUUUGAUACAUCUUGUUUCUAAUACAACGGGAGAAGUUUUGAUAAUUAAGUUGGCUGAAGGAGACAAGAAAAGAUGGUUAGCUGAAUGAGUCGGAUUUUUAGAGCCCUGCUUGCAUCACAUAGGGAAGAUGAAGAAUGGAAAGCCAUCUGUCAAAUAAAAGAGGAUGGUAACAAAAUUGUUGGCCUUGGAUGUUUGGUUUAUGACCCACAGAUAAAUAACGCUGAGCUGAGCAAGUACUGUAUCAUUUCAAGUAGCAAAGUCAUUCUACAUGAGAAUUUACCUGAAUAUCAUAUCCUCUUUGAAAGGGUAUCAAACUCUGAAAAUCCACGUGAUAUUCUACUGAAUGACAUUAUCAAGAAAGAUUUCAUUCUUGGUUCUGGGUUGGUCUUGAUAUUCAUCGAUGGGGCCACAUCCCCACAAGUUCAUCAUCGUGGAGGCAUUUUGCAAAGAGAAUGCAGUGUUUUGAAACAUGUCCCUGAGAUAUCCUUGCCUCAUGAAGGAAGGGAAAAGUUCUAUUUUAUUGGAAGACAUCGCCACAAAUAUGAUGAAACAAGUGGUAUUGAUUCUCCUGAGAAAGUAGGAUCAGUUGAUAAUGGUUGUGUUCUUUUUGAAAGAGAUCCAGAGAGUAAGAAGUUAAAUGUAGUUGGUGUAAUCAAUUGCUUUAAUAGUGGACUGGAGGAUAUUUCUCCUCUUUGGCUGACAUCAUCAAGUUUAGAAGAAAUCAUAGAAGAAGACAGGAAGAAGGAGGAGGAAGAUAGGAAAAGGAAAGAAGAACAAGACAGGAAGAAAGAGGAGGAAGACAGGAAAAGGAAAGAAGAGCAAGAUAGGAAGAAAGAGGAGGAAGAUAGGAAGAGGAAAGAAGAGCAAGACAGGAAGAAAGAGGAGGAAGAUAGGAAGAGGAAAGAAGAACAAGACAGGAAGAAAGAGGAAGAUAGAAAGAAGGAGCAGGAGACAGAUGGGCCCCCAGGGUACUUAGGGGGACAUGAUGUUACCUCUAAGUCUUGUGCACAAACCCUAAACUAUGAAGAGGCUGUAGAAACCAUCCAGAGUAGAAUGCAAGAUGCAAGUUUAUCAGAGGGAACUUCUACCAGGGAGAGCAGAGAAAAGAUGACAGAUGAUAUGGUGGAUGCAGGAGUGAAGCAGAAUGCGGGCAGUCAGGUAAAUGCUCGGCUUUCAACCAGUGUUCGAGAGUUACCAUACCUUGUGCUCAGUCGAAUCUGCUUGAUGCUGAAUGUCAAAAGAGUGACUUAUGAUGACUUUCGGAUGCUCGCAGAGAAGGUUGGUCUUGACAAAAUUCAGACAAACUUUAUAGCGCAGAGGGAAAACCCUACUGAGGAAAUUCUGAAAACGUGGUCAAAGCAACUUGAGGCUACAGUUGGGAAACUGAUUGAAAUCUUGAAGGAGAAGGAUCUUGAGAGAAUGGAUGUAAUAUGUCUGGCUCAUGACCCUGUAUUAGGCACUCAGCUGUGUUCAGCGUUGGAUCCUCUAGUCUUGGACUCACGGCCAGAUCUUGAAGCUGUCAAAAACACAUAG